GCGGACCGAACUACACUUCCCUUCCGCCCGCUUGCUAUCCCGAGGCCGCCUUGGCGCGAGACAUUUGCGAGCAGAGUGUCUCCAAGAUGGCCGCGUGGGGAAGGAGGCGCCUUGGCCCGGGCAGCAGUGGCGGUAGCGCCCGAGAGAGGGAAUCAACAGUGUUUGUAAUGAAGAACAUCAGACUCUGAGCUGUAACCUGAAUUCUUGUCCAAAAUUCAGCACACUGGCAUCGAGCCCACGAAACAGAUUGCCACUUAUCCUGUCGGCGUCUUUGAGACACACUUGCCCAUCUAGGAAGGCCCAGUGCAGGUAUCUGUGUGUUCUGCCACUUGGGUGGCAACCGGACCAGCUCACAGACAGUCCACCUGUCCCUUGGGGUGCUUGUCUUCACUUCCUCAGGGCCCCCGAGCAUCCCUGAGUUCUCCGUAUUGUUGGAAUGGUGAGCUUGUCGGCCACAGACUGUUACAUCGUGCAUGAGAUCUACAAUGGGGAGAACGCGCAAGACCAGUUUGAGUACGAGCUGGAGCAGGCCCUGGAAGCCCAGUACAAGUACAUCGUGAUCGAGCCCACCCGCAUUGGCGACGAGACCGCCCGCUGGAUCACCGUGGGCAACUGUCUGCACAAGACCACCGUGCUGGCGGGCACCGCCUGCCUCUUCACCCCGUUGGCACUGCCCUUAGAGUACUCCCACUACAUCUCCCUGCCUGCUGGUGUGCUGAGCCUGGCCUGCUGCAGCCUGUACGGAAUCUCCUGGCAGUUUGACCCUUGCUGCAAGUACCAAGUGGAGUACGACGCCUAUAAACUGUCCCGCCUGCCCCUGCACACACUCACUUCCUCCACCCCGGUGGUGCUGGUCCGGAAGGACGACUUGCACAGAAAGAGACUGCACAACACGAUAGCACUUGCUGCCCUGGUGUACUGUGUAAAGAAGAUUUACGAACUCUACGCUGUAUGAUUGCAAUAGGACGGGGAGAAGCAAACAGCCCAGCCCACAAAAGACAACAGUAUUCAGAUUGCACAGUAACAUGUUUGCUCUGUGAGGCAGCGGAGCCCAGGAAGGUGUUUGGUUUAAUAUUUGUUAUUUUUAAAAAAAGUAACACAGAUUACAAAUGUACCAGGGGGCGUUUCAACUCAUCACACUAAGAUGUGGAUUUCCGUAACCCACGGGCCUGAGCUGUGGAAGUCUGACUGGGCAGUGGAAUGUUGGAGGCAUUGCUACUGAGGGGUGUGAACACGCUUGGGGGGGCGGGUCUUUAAGUAUAUUGUUUAAUUGUACCAUCCAGAGCCAACCAGAAGCUAUUGACCAUUAAAAUUCUGAGAAUU